CUUCGAGAUCAAGCGUCUGAUGUCCACAGAUCUGAACCGGCUUUGUCCGGUUAAAUUGCGCCACUCCGAGGUGUCGAUGCCUCCCGCUCAGCCAUGCUCAGCCUCAGCCUCCGGUGACUUACUGCACUCUACGCCGGUGCUCCACUCCCUCACUGCCAUUGCCUUGCGCAGCCCAAAAACAUAUUCACAGCAACUCCGCCUCACUCCACUCUAUUCAACCGUAAGCUUAAAGAUACUGUAAUAAUUUUAGUAUUUCGGAAUGCAUCAGCAUGGAUGACGGAUCAUGUGUAUAAAUGCAUAUGGUCCUUCCUCCGGGACUAUACUGUAGAGGGCAUUCCGGGGUGCCAAGCAGUUUAUUUAAUCUCGAUCCAUGUUUAGACUUUGCCUCGUGCUCAGAUCACUUUUGCCACCAAGGUGCUGCAAAGCCAGCCCCGAGUUGAGCCUGAUAGGAGCUUGCGCGGCGUGUGUCCUCGCUCAGCGGAGAUACAUGCAUCAUUUCUUGCUCGUGAUCUUCUUUGCUCCCCACGUUAUCGAUGUUCCAUCACGCUAUCUAUCGAUUGACGGUGAGCCACACCGUUCACUUCGUUCCUCUCGGAGCUGUGGGACUGCUAUUUCGUAGCCCCCGAUACUUGCUUUUGAUCCAAAGAGACCCUACGAUAGCAUGAUCUUUGACGCCCAUAAUUGCUUCUUUGUUUCCCCUAAAGGAUCUGUUGCGCCUUCAUCGGGGGAUCCCACUCUAUCGGGCAAACCUUCCACUCACAAUUAUAGAUCGUUCGCUCAUGUGACUUAAAUACCACACAUCAUUCAGACUUCUCCGUUGUGCCA